AUGAAGUCUCUCUUCGUCAGCAGCGGCCUUUCGUUGGCUUUCUCCAUGGCGGCCUUGGCAGCCAAUGCCUUCGACGAAUCGUCCUGGGAUUCCUCUCAAAUAAUCAGACGGGAUGUUGCCAUAAUUGGGGGCGGAGCUGCAGGCACAUACGCUACCUUUCGUCUCAAAGAUCAUGGAAAGUCUGUGGUCCUUGUGGAGAAGACCGGCAGACUUGGCGGUCAUGCCGUCACCUACGAAGACCCCAUCACCGGUGGCUCUGUUGACUACGGUGUGCAGGUGUAUGAUAACAACAGUAUUGUGCGCAACUUCUUCAGUCGCUUGAAUACCCCUUUGGCCGAUUUCUCUUUCGCUUCAUUCGGGAGGCCCAUCUAUGCAGAUUUCAAGGAAGGCGUCCUGCUUAACCUCACUUCUGGAGGUCUGGGUCAGGACUACAUUAAUGAGCUCAAUAAAUACCCUUACCUAAACGAUGGUAUCGAGCUGCCUAAUCCAGUAUCAGAAGAUCUCCUUCUCCCUUGGGUUGACUACAUCAACAAAUAUCAUCUCGACUACUCGACUGCUGUUGCUACCCUUGCUCGACCUGCAAUCACCGGCGAUCUUCUUAACAUCCUCACUCUUUAUGUGUUCAACGACCUGAACCAUCUCAUGCUUCAGGAAGAGUCCGGAGCUGCAGUUAUCAAUGCAAACCAUGAUAAUUCUCAACUUUACCGAAAUGCCGUACCAGAAUUGCAACCUGAUCUUUUCCUCAACUCCACAGUUGUCGCCGGUUAUAGGAGUACCAGAAAGCGCGAUGGUGUGCGGCUUAUAAUUCAAACCCCCGCCGGGUUUAAGCUUAUUAUUGCCAAACAAUUGAUUCUCGGAAUUCCUCCAGUUCUCGAAAACAUGAGAUCCUUCGGCCUCGAUUCGCAUGAGCACGACGUUCUCUCUAAUAUCUACGGCCUACCGUACUACGGUGGAGUAGUGAGUAACACCGGCCUCGCGUCGGGGUUCAGCUAUAAGAACUCUGCCGCCAAUACUACUUACAAUGUCGCUGAGAUUCCGAGUGUCGUCGGUUUCACUCCGUCCACGGUUGAUGGUCUCUUCUUCUACUGGUACAAUUCUCCCGAGCCCGUUUCGCAACAACAAAUUGAGGGUGAAGCCAGGGAUGCUAUCAAGUUGCUGCAGAAACUCACCAAUAGUACCACACAACCCGAGCCAAGGUUUCUCGCCUUUGCGGACUUUGCGCCUUAUCAGCUGCGAGCUUCUGCUGAUUCUAUUCGAAAUGGCUUUUACGACGAUAUGUAUGGCCUGCAGGGUCAUCGUAACACUUGGUACACGGGAACGCUCUUCGUUACAGGCUCUAGCCAGGUGUGGAAUAAUACGGAAGUAAUGCUGCCUGAAAUUCUGGCUGCUAUUAAUGCUUCGAAAUCUCUAAGGGAGGCGGCAUGGAUUCUUUUAUCUCACACCCUUAAGAGGCUAGGGAAUAUUGUCGGUGAAUAA